AUGGCGAUAUCUCACAUUCAGCCUUUGUUUCUUCUUCUCGCAUCACUCUUCUUCUUACCCGCAUUACGCGCAGUCGAUUUCGAAUACUGCAACAAAAAUGGAUACGAUUUUGGUAAGGUCACUAGUGUGGAGAUCUCUCCGAACCCUAUUGGGCCUGAGGACUACGAGCUAAGCAUUACGGUAUUCGGUGUUGCAAAGGAAAGCAUCGGCAAAGGAGUUAUAGAUGUGUAUGCUAAAUCUGAGAACAUUACUGAUCUUCUAGGACGCUUUGACCUCUGCGCGAUGGGUGUGCCAUGCCCUAUUGAAGCUGGUUCCAAAUUUGUGUUACCUCUUCAUGAAGUUCCUAAAGAUGUACUUGAGGGUGACUACAAAUAUGUUGUAGCUUUGCUUGAUGAAGUUGUCAAAGACUCGGCAGAGCCACCAGCAAGAAUGUGUGUCGACUUCGAUUUACCUACUUCAGUUCUCACAUUGGUCUCUGCUUAA